CCUUUGCCACUUCUCGCCAGCCCUCCCUCUUUUGUUCUCUUCACUACCUCCAAACUUCCCAAGAAUCUCUCUGUUCCUGCUCCUCUCUCUCUCCUCUUAUUUUCUCUCUGCAAAGAGAGAAUCCUCCUUUACGAAAUGUCGAAGAAAGCAACUUUUCUGCCAUUGAAUCUCUCACUUUCUCCUUUCCUUCUUCUUCUUCUUUAUCUUCUUACGUUGUCUGCUGUAGUUGUUCAUGGCGUCCAAGAGAAAAAGAUUCUCAGUGUACACAACAACAUUUGGUCUCUCACCAAAUCAAACGAACCUUCCAGUUCAUGUCUCUCUCACAAUCUUGCAAAAGGAAGAGAAUCAUCAUCCACUACACUGGGGAUGAAACAUAGGGGUCUUUGCUCAGGAAAGACUAUAGAUUGGGGUAAGAAACUGAGAAGAGCCUUAACUCUUGACAACCUUCGAGUCCAAUCACUUCAACUCAGAAUCAAAUCCAUGAGCUCAACCACAACAGACUCCAUUUCAGAAACUCAGCUUCCACUAACCUCAGGGGUGAAACUUGAGACACUGAACUACAUCAUCACAGUUGAACUAGGAGGUAAAAACAUGACUUUGAUAGUUGACACUGGGAGUGACUUGACUUGGGUCCAAUGCCAGCCUUGCAAGUCAUGUUACAACCAACAAGGUCCUUUGUAUGACCCAUCAGUCUCAUCUUCCUACAAGACAGUUCUCUGCAACUCAUCCACUUGUCAAGACCUUGUAGCAGCUACCAGUAACCUGGACCGUUGUGGAGGCAGCAAUGGUGUUGAAAAGACAACUUGUGACUAUGUAGUCAGCUAUGGGGAUGGAUCAUACACUCGAGGAGACUUGGGAAGCGAGAGUAUCCAGUUAGGCGACACGAAAGUGGAAAACUUUGUCUUUGGUUGUGGCAGAAGCAACAAAGGUCUGUUUGGAGGAGCUUCUGGUCUAAUGGGUUUAGGAAGAAGCUCAGUUUCUUUAGUCUAUCAAACCAUGAAAACUUUCAACGGAGUUUUCUCAUACUGCUUACCUUCUCUAGAAGAUGGAGCUUCUGGCUCAUUGUCUUUCGGUGACUACAAGAACUCAACUUCAGUCUCCUACACUCCUUUAGUACAAAACCCUCAGCUUCGUUCCUUUUACAUUCUGAACCUCACCGGUGCCACCAUUGGUGGUGUGGAGCUUGAAUCUCCAAGCUUUGGUAGAGGGAUUAUAAUUGAUUCAGGAACGGUUAUCACUAGACUACCACCUUCUAUUUACAAAGCUGUGAAGACAGAGUUUCUGAAACAGUUUACUGGGUUUUCUUCAGCUCCUGGCUAUUCAAUCUUAGACACUUGCUUUAACCUCACAAGCUAUGAAGAUGUAAGCAUUCCCACUAUCAAAAUGAUCUUCCAAGGUGACGCUGUGCUUGAAGUGGAUGUCACUGGUGUGUUCUACUAUGUCAAUCCUGACGCAUCUCUAGUCUGCUUGGCCUUUGCAAGUCUGUCAUAUGAAAAUGAAGUCGGUAUCAUCGGAAACUACCAGCAGAAAAACCAGAGAGUAAUAUAUGAUACCAAACAAGAGAAGCUUGGCAUUGCAGGAGAAAACUGCAGUAUCUGAUGACUGUGUGCUCCCUUCAUAUCAUGAAAGCCAAUCAUCUCUUUUGGCAAAGCCAGUUUGAAUUCUUCAACUAGUCAGUCAUAUAUAUAUGUGUGUCUGUAUUGGUAUAGCAACUGUAAGAAACAAUGCUCUUAUAAGAAAAAUUAUCUAAAACA